AUGGCAGACAAGGCAAUGGGAAAAAAAGGAAAGUUCGCCGGAAAAGCCGAACAAACAACUAAAGAGAAUCCUUCCAAGUUCACUGCUUUCUCUGUUCUGACUGACGACCUGGAGACCAUCUACAUGGCCACUCAGUCAGUAGUCUCAUACAAGAAACCUGCUCCCAUGAAAAAGGACAUAAGUAAAUGGGACAUGUCCAAAUUUUGCCAUUUUCAUGGAGAUUAUGGCCAUGAAACUAAUGAAUGCAACAAUAUGAAGCGAGAAAUUGAAUUUCUGAUAAGAAAAAAUAACUCGCAUGUGCAAAAAUACAUCAAGGACAAUCAGAAUCAAAGGGCCGCUCAGGCAGACAAUAACCAAGACUUGUUACUACCUCCACCAGUAGAUGGGCAUUUGCAAGUCAUUAUCGGGGGCCCGCAUAUAGUUGGAGAUUCGGGCAAAGCUCGAGAGUGGUAUGCCCAAACCUUACAACACGAGCAAAAAGAAGUGGUCCCGACCGUAGAGGAAAGGAAGCAAAAAAUUCCACGGGUAGGAGAACCCACUAUAACAUUCAAUGAAGAAGAUGAUAUCAAUGUUCACUUCCCGCACAAUGAUCCAUUAGUCGUGGAAGUACAGAUAGCCAACAAAAUAGUGGCCCAAACUAUGAUAGAUAAUUGA